UCAUUUUUUUUCCCUGUGGUUGAAUAUUAGGGUCAACACUUUCCCUGGCAGAUUUUCUGGGUUGUAUGGAAACCAUGGCCCACUGUAGCUGCUACCCUGCUUGGAGCCUUUGCCAGAGUACUGGCUUUCUUUUAACACUUUUGGAAGUCAUUUGUGAAGAUCAAAAGUUACCAGUGUAUUGAGCAAUGCAAAGCUUGUUUCCCUGUAUCCAGGCUGAGAUUCAUUUGGCACUCUCAGGUGUUAACCUUCAUUUUUCAGAUAAUGAAGGUGUGCAGCUGUGUAAGUGGUUUGAACAACUGUGGUAUACAUGUGUAUGAAAAUGAAGUAAUUAUGCAUGCCAGAUACCAUCAAACAAAGGGUGGCCUACUAUGUCUCCUUUCCACUGAAUUAGGCCAGUGUGCAAUAGUAGCUUUCACUGACUAGAUGUGUAGUAGCUACAAAUCUCUAGCUGUGGCAGUGGGAGCUGUGCUGAGGAUUGAGAGUACUGAAGUGCCAUAAAUUGCAGAACUCAUCUCAAAGACCUGGGCUGGGAAAGUUUGAAUGAGAACUAAGGCCUGUUGUUUUUUGACAGCGAAUGGAUUGACCAUUGGAACGAGCUGUGUGGAGGUAGAGGGGAACCUCCAUUCUUCGUGCUGCAAUUCAAGGCCACAAACUUUUCUGAAAGAUGUUCAAGCCUUUGGGCUCGACUAAGGAAAUGGAAACUUUAGGGCCAGCAUUACGUGAGGUUGAGACCAGAUGGGCUGAUGGGCUUUGUGAAUUCAGGUUUAAUGUGUCUAUGCUGCUAGAGCCAAGAUAACUAACUUGUCCAUUCUCUGCAAAGUGCCAUGUGUCAUCCCAGGUGUGUCUGUCCUGGUGUGAGUACAUGGUUUGAUGAGCAGCUGAGCUGACCAACAGCCCCAAUGGCUCAUCUCAUUCCUGCUUUUGCCAGUGUGGACUCAUCCUCUUCUUGGAGUUUUGGUAUUCAUCCACCCUGGCCCUGAGCUAAUUCAUCUCACUAAACCAGCCAGAAACUAUAAUCUUGUUUUAAUUGUGUUUUAUUCUGGCUGUGUUAGUCCCUUUUAUAGGUUCCUGUGGUUGAAUUGGCUUGCAGAAGGGCCAGACAGGCUCAGGAACUGGUGUAACAUAAUCAGCAGGAGAGCAAGACCGAGAGGGAAGGACAGGCCUGCCUCCUUUUGGCCUCCCAGAACUGUUGGCUUGGUUAGCCUCAUUUGUGUAGUUUCACACUGGUGCAUUUUCUUAUGGCUCCCACGCAGAGGCAGGAGACUGGACUAGAGGAUUUUUGGUCUGAUCCUGUGAAACUGUUCUUUUCCUUAAUAGCAGAUCUGUUCUUCCUCUUUGGCUUUUGCUGUAUGUGUCCCUGUUAAUGCUUCUUUGUUUUAAUUUUUGUUCUUUCCUUUCUCUACAUUUCUUCUAAGUGACCAGUCCUUUGCUGUGUGGAACUUCUUCAGACUCCAGCUUAGACCCGUUUGCUCAUCUGCAGUUACUCUUGGAGAAGGUUUAAAAAUACACAGCAAAGCCUGUCUUAGGAGACCAGUCAAGGAGCUGACGAAAGUGGGUUGCCUAGCAGAGGUGGCCUAAUAAAAUUGGAGUGGAAUUGUACUGUGCAUCUUUGGGACGGCUUCUGGGUGGUCUGUUCAGACAAAUUCAUGUCCUGCUGGUGUGGAGUCUCAUGUGGGUUUCACUGUGUUGUCAAGUGAACUGAGAUGUGUUUGUUUCCCAGCUUUGUAGGGUGCCAUAGCUCCAGCAAGUGCUUCCCUAAGUAAUCAGCGCCUUCAGCCUUGCACAUUGUGAUCUCACAAGCCAUCGCGUCUGUGAUGUCACAAUGGAAGAGAUUCUGGUGCUCUGACAUGUGGGGUCGUGCCUUUGACAAAUCAGCCAAGGAACCCAGCGGCAAGAAUGAGCUCAAGAAAUGGGAGAGACCUUCCUUAACCCAAGAGUGCCCUCCAUCCUUUAGUCAGCCUUUUCUGUGUUCACUUAUCUCUUCCCUAAUGGCCAUACAGAGGGAAACCAGUGCCUGUAUAGGUUUCAGAUGCCUCUGGAUGUUCAAUGAUAGCACUUCUCCAUACUGGAGCAGCAAAGUUUCCCCCAAACUUACUUUCAAGGUCAAGACAAGCUGUGUCCCCCCUCUUCCCAGCUGGUGUUCUUGAAGGGUUCCGCUCCAUCGUAAGCAGGAAACUGGCGUCCCACGGCUUUGGAGCUUCCAUGGCAGCAAUGUCAUCCUUCCCUCCACAGAGAUAUCACUACUUCUUAGUGCUGGAUUUUGAGGCUACAUGUGAUAAACCGCAGAUUCAUCCUCAGGAAAUCAUCGAAUUCCCGAUCCUGAAGCUGAAUGGCAGGACGAUGGAGAUCGAAUCCACCUUUCACAUGUAUGUUCAGCCUGUGGUGCAUCCCCAGCUUACGCCCUUCUGUACAGAGCUGACUGGGAUUAUUCAAGGCAUGGUGGAUGGGCAGCCGAGCCUCCAGCAAGUGCUUGAGAGGGUUGACGAGUGGAUGGCAAAGGAAGGCCUCUUAGAUCCCAGCGUCAAGUCGAUUUUUGUGACCUGUGGAGACUGGGAUUUGAAAGUGAUGUUACCAGGACAAUGCCAAUAUUUAGGGCUGCCGGUUGCUGAUUACUUCAAACAGUGGAUUAAUCUGAAAAAGGCGUACAGCUUUGCCAUGGGGAGUUGGCCAAAGAACGGGCUCUUAGACAUGAACAAAGGACUGAACCUACAGCACAUAGGGAGGCCUCACAGCGGGAUAGACGACUGCAAGAACAUUGCCAACAUCAUGAAGACACUGGCCCAUAGAGGCUUCAUCUUCAAGCAGACCUCCAAACCUUUUUGAUCCCCGAGGCAAGCCAGGCAAGGGCUGCAUGCGCCCGGUGCCGGCGAGGCGGGGAGGACGGGCUCCAGCAUUAAAAAAAAACCCGGCAACCGAGGCCAGAGGAACCGACACAAAAAAAAUCUCAAUUUCAGCUGUUAACUCCAGUAGAGGUUGUAUAUAUGGGAAGGCAAAUCUGUGUAGACCUGAUGUGACUCCCUCUCUGGGCUGCUCCGGACAUUAUGCCAUGCUAGCGGACAGCCGCGUAGGGCGCUUGCACCACAUUUUAGACUUGUAGUUCGUUCUUUUUCUUUGGCUCCUGAUUUCCGUCCCUCCCUCCAUAUCCCACCCCGUCCUCCCUCUCCCACCCCGUAGCCAGAGCAUCCCCCAUCUCCACCCUGGCAUGGGCCAUACCCACCUUCCCUUCUUCUUUCUCUUCUCUGGUUUUAUGUUUUCAGGCCUCGACGGCUGCUGCAGCGAUGCCGGCGUGUGCCUGCACUCGGGCAGCACUCACGGAGGCUCAGUGUGUCGAGACGGCCCCUCGCCCUCCCCGCCAGCUCCCCCCGCCUCUCCCCUGAGCGCCUUUUCCCCUUUUUGAGUCAACACUAACCCCUCUCUGACUCCUGUAUGUGACAAACGCGAUCCGUCUCUUUAUGUUCAAGGUGAAGUGCCUGUAUUCUCCGCUGCAGAGCCCCUGGCAGCCCCGCCGUGGGCUGCAGGGUCCCGGAGGGCUCCCUUCAGUGAGGCAGGGGCCCAGCGGACAGGCGGGCGGCAGGAGGGAGGUGACAGUGUCCGCAUGGAGCCCCGUCCCGUCCCCGUUCCGUCUGCUCGUGCCUCUUGCGGGGCUGGGCGGGAUGCCCGGCCCUGCCUCGUCCCUGCCGAUCAAUUCCAGCUCCAUGGGGGACAGGCCCGCCACAGCACCGUGUCCGUGUCCGGUGGUGGACGUGCCAGCGCGCGCUGGCCCCCGGCCCACAGGUACCUGAGCAGGGGAGCUGCAAAUUGCCCCAGGCCCCUGAGCGUGCUCCCCACCAACCUCCCUCGGUUCCGAGCUGAGGCUCAGCCCCCACGUGCUGUGCCCCUCACAGGUCCCCGCGGACGCUCAGCAGCAGCUGGCUUGUUGCCUGAGAGAGUUGCCGAGCACAUCCCCUCCGGCUGGGUGCGCUCCCGGCUGGCCAGGGCGGUUGGGGGGAGCCGUGGGGCGGGCUGAGGGCGCACGUCCUCUCGGUGUCACCCGGCCCCAGGGCCCUGCUGAACGGAGCCCUCGUCCGGGCACUGACCUGCAGGGAGGCUGCAGCCCCAGGCCCGUGCAUGCAUGGCCUGGAGCGAAGCCGGUGACGGCAGCCAGAAGGGCAAUACAGGCACUGAACUUGGCGGUACAUGACUGCAUGGUGUGUGGUGUUCCAGUUAAACCAACCGAUAAUGCAACCCCAGCAUUUUCAUUGUCUAGUUAUUCCAAUCCUUGCUGUAAAUGUGCCACAUGAAUAAAGUUUGGGGGUAAAGGA